UGGGAGGAGAGGAAGAAAUCAGAGAGACGGCGAGGGGAAGUAGAGGUGGCGCCCAGCCCCACGGUCUCCCAGGGAGAGCCGGUGUCUGGCCGCUGGCCUCAGCGGAACUCUACAAGCCACGCUGGCUGCUCAUGGAGCCGAGGACUCGCGCGGAGACGGGAUGCUCCCGGCCGCCGAGAUCGGCAAGGCGCCGGCAGCCCCGUGCUGCUCUGAAAGUGGUAACGAAAGGAAGGACGUCGAGGAGAAAAAUGACAUAAAUAUUGCAGCUCUUUUUGGAAAUGAACAAGUCAGUGAAGAUACAAAUAAUGGUGAUCUCACUUCCUACGUGUCUGCAUUUAUAGAAAAAGAAGUUGGAAAUGACCUUAAAUCUUUAAAGAAACUUGAUAAACUCAUAGAACAGAUGACAGAAAAUAAAAUGCAGUUAGAAGAACAGGUACUUACAAUUUCAUCAGAAAUCCCUAAAAGAAUUCAGAGUGCCUUAAAAAAUGCAGAAGAAUCAAAGCAAUUUCUUAAUCAGUUUCUGGAGCAAGAAACUCAUCUCUUCAGUUCCAUUAACAGCCAUUUGCUGACCGCACAGCCCUGGAUGGAAGAUCUGGGGGCCAUGAUUAACCAAAUUGAAGAGAUUGAGCGCCAUCUUGCUUACCUUAAAUGGAUUUCACAAAUUGAAGAACUAAGUGAUAACAUUCAGCAAUAUCUGAUGACCAAUAACGUCCCAGAGGCAGCCUCUACUCUGGUGUCUAUGGUGGAACUUGACAUCAAGCUUCAGGAAUCAUCUUGUGCUCAUCUUCUUGCUUUCACGAGAGCCACUGUUAAAUUCUGGCAUAAGAUCCUCAAGGACAAACUUACAAGUGAUUUUGAGGAAGUUUUAGCCCAGCUUCACUGGCCAUUCAUCACACCCCCCCAGUCUCAGACUGUUGGCUUGAGUCGCCCAGCAGGUGCCCCUGAGAUAUAUAGUAACCUGGAGACACUGUUUUGCCAGCUUCUGAAACUGCAAACCUCAGAUGAAUUACUUACUGAGCCAAAACAACUUCCAGAAAAAUACUGUCUUCCUGCAUCCCCGUCUGUCAUCCUGCCCAUCCAGAUUAUGCUGACUCCCCUUCAGAAAAGGUUCAGGUAUCACUUCCGAGGGAACCGACAGACUAAUGUUAUAAGCAAGCCUGAAUGGUACUUGGCUCAGGUACUUAUGUGGAUUGGGAAUCACACUCAGUUUCUGGAUGAGAAGAUUCAGCCAAUAUUAGACAAAGUAGGCCCUUCGGUAAAUGCAAGGCUUGAAUUUUCCCGGGGCCUCAUGAUGCUCGUUCUUGAGAAGUUAGCUGCAGACAUCCCAUGUCUGCUCUAUGAUGACAAUCUCUUCUGUCAUCUGGUGGAUGAGGUGCUUUUGUUCGAAAGGGAGCUGCACAGUCUUUAUGGCUAUCCCAGCACUUUUGCCAACUGUAUGCAUAUUCUGUCAGAGGACACCUGUUUUCAGAGGUGGUUGACUGUGGAGAGAAAAUUUGCUCUUCAAAAAAUGGACUCAAUGCUUUCAUCAGAAGCUGCUUGGAUAUCCCAAUAUAAGGAUAUCACUGAUGUGGAUGAGAUGAAAGUUCCAGACUGUGCAGAAACUUUUAUGACACUACUCUUGGUUAUAACUGACAGAUAUAAAAAUCUUCCCACAGCUUCCAGAAAGCUACAGUUCCUGGAGUUACAGAAGGACUUAGUAGAUGAUUUCAGGAUACGGUUAACUCAGGUGAUGAAAGAAGAGACUAGAGCUUCCCUUGGCUUUCGAUACUGUGCAAUUCUCAAUGCUGUGAACUAUAUCUCAACAGUACUAGCAGACUGGGCUGACAAUGUUUUCUUCCUGCAACUUCAGCAGGCAGCACUGGAGGUCUUUGCAGAGAAUAACACCCUCAGUAAAUUGCAGCUGGGACAGCUGGCCUCUAUGGAGAGUUCUGUCUUUGAUGACAUGAUUAACCUACUGGAGCGUUUAAAGCAUGACAUGUUGACCCGCCAAGUAGACCAUGUUUUUAGAGAAGUUAAAGAUGCUGCAAAAUUGUAUAAAAAAGAAAGGCGGUGCGGUCUUGGUCCCUCGCAGGUGGCUGUCGCUGCCGUCGCAGUCGGAGCAGGCGGUGAUGUCCCUGUCCAGCUCGGCCUGCCCGCUGCUGCUCACCGUGAGAGACCGCUUACUCCAGCUGGAGGAGCAGCUUUGCUUCUCCUUGUUCACAGUCUUCUGGCAGGUGCUUGUGGAGAAGCUGGAUGUGUACAUCUACCAAGAAGUAAGCAAGAGCGGGCGGCGUUCCGGGGCCCUGAUGGCAAAGGCACGUGUGACACGAACUGCUCUUUGUUUCAGAUCGUUCUUGCCAAUCAUUUCAACGAGGGAGGGGCAGCUCAGCUCCAGUUUGAUAUGACUCGGAACCUGUUCCCCCUGUUCUCCCGCUAUUGCAAGAGGCCAGAAAAUUACUUCAAACAUGUCAAAGAAGCGUGUAUUGUUUUGAAUCUGAACAUUGGCUCUGCCCUCCUUCUGAAAGACGUCCUGCAGUCAGCCUCAGGGCAGCUUCCUGCCACCGAGGCCUUAAACGAAGUUGGAAUUUACAAACUGGCUCAACAAGAUGUUGAGAUUCUACUUAAUUUGAGGACAAACUGGCCUAACACGGGAAAAUAAAGCAUCUUUUCCUGUUUUGGAGUUUUGGUGUUUAACAAAGAGGAGGCCAACUGGAUGUCAAGUUAUGGGACGAAGUUCUGAGUUAAUGAAACUGGACAGUUGAAAACUUUAUGGAAUCAUUUAUUAUCUUGGACUGAUGGCAUUAUUAAAACACUGCCCAUAUUUCCUCCAUCCUCUUGUUCCUAAGAAAACAAAACCAGAAAACUCAGAAGUCAGGAAAACUCCGAGUAAUUCCAUUUACAAAUGUAAAUGCUAAGUAUGUCUGUUGAACAAGAUACAAGAGCAGAGAAUAAUAAAUUACAAGCAAUUUUCAAUUUCCUGUGCUAAUUAAGGGAGACUGUUGUAGAUAAUCAAACACAGCAAAUACAUUAAAAAAAAAAUCACUUUAUAUGUUCAUAAUUGAAGUUCCCGUAUCUGGUUUGGAAAUUCACUGUCUUUCCUCUAAGAAAACAUUAUGAGGUGGUGACCAAAAUAGAAUUGCUCUCAUAUUCCACAAAUGAUCCUUCCUAAUUCCAUUCCAGGACAGUGGGCAGGCAGCCUUUUCUUUUGGAUGAAACAUUUCAGGCCAGGGCACUGUGUUUCAGUCUCUCCCCGGGGCAAGGAUGGGAAUUAAACAGUUUUUGUUUAAUAUUUAUGUAACUGAUAAUGAGACGGGAAUCUUAAACUUUCUUUUUUCUUUGACUUUUCCUUGGCUUUUUGGACUAUGUUACAUACCAAUUUCUUGAUUAAUAAAUCCUUAGAGAACAAAACAUUUAAACAAAUUGAAUUACAUUGGUUAGAGGCCUUCUACAACUAUCAAAUGUUAUUCCAAUUUUUUUGUUUUCUGAUUCAGCAUUUAGUUAGUACUUUUAAAGCUGUAAUAUAACUUGCAUCUAAAAUUGUCCUAGGGCCCCUGGAUGGCUCAGGUGGUAGAGCAUGCAACUCUUGAUCUCAGGGUGGUGGGUUUGAGCCCCAUACUGGGCAUGGGGCCUGCUUAAAUAAGUAAGUAAAUAAAUAAAACUGUCAGGCUGGCAUGCAACCUAUCCUAUUUCUUUAUUAUUAUUUUUUUACUUAUGUGGGGAGGAAUGGCAGAGAGGGAGGGAGGGAGAGAAUCCCAAGCAGACUCCACUCUUUUGGCAUGGCGUGGAUGUGGGGCUCGAUCCUAUGAACUGCAAGAUCCGUGACAUGAGCUGAAAUCAAGAGUCGGACGCUCAACUGACUGAGCCACGUAGUCUCCCGUACUGUUUUUUGUUUGUUUGUUUGUUUGUUUUUAAAUAAGCUCUACACCCAACGGGGGCUUGGACUCCUGAUCCCAAGAUCAAGAGUCACAUGCUCUACUGACUGAGUCAGCCAGGGGCCUCACAACAUAUACUGAUGGUAAAUACUUACCUGGUGAUAAAUAAUUUUGAGGAAAUGCUUUGAGAGAAAUUCUAUUACUCCAUAUUUUAUACAGAAAUUUCCCAACUAGGGAUUUGGGCUCAGAACUUUUCUGUUAGUUCCAGAACACUGGGGCUUCUCCACUUCAUUUUCUGAGAACUGCUGGGCUUUCCCACUGAGAAAGGAAUGGAAGUGCCCCAGAAACUUCCUAAUUCCAGCACCUUCUCCCUCUGCCGCCUGCCCCCAGGCUUGACAUUUUGCUGUCACUCCUCGCUUUCUAGACAGCUGAAAGUUUCAAGGGACUGAAAUGUUUCUGUCAAAAGGUAGGAACUUAUGUUUUAAAUUGUUUUCAUUGUACUUUAAGUCAUGCCAUAUUAUUUAAACAUCAGUCACGUAAAAAUAAACUUACACUUCACGUCUGAA